ACUCGGUCGGAUUCAAGUCUGGACUCUUUCCCGUCCGAAUCCGAAUAUAUUCUCUGUCCUCCAACGCUCUCUUCGUCCUUUACAAGUUCACUCCCCACAUCCCUCCGCGUCCUCCUCCUUCACCACCCGUACACAACGCUCCGUUUCCAUAUCAUGGGGACAACUGACACAUCCUCUUCCACCUCUCAGAUCAUCUGUCCUACUCCUCGGCGUGGUUGUCUUGUCCGGACUCCUUCCAGUGAUUGUGUUGCCAAACGAUGCGUCAAGUGGUGUCUCAAGAAUGAGAUUCAUGAGGUUGAGCAGUGGGACAGGUCUCCCUGUCCGGUUACCCCAAAGCUCACUUACAGAGACUUGCUCGAGCUUAAACAGCUCGAAUUAGACAAAGUUCCACAGUCUCCAUUUAGAUCGUUGGCCGACCUACCCGUCAUUGGUUUGCCUCGCGUUGGUGUUGGUCUACAACCCAUUUUCGAUAGAAAACACUGCGACAAGGCCCCAACACCGACUGCUACCCCUGUGCCGACACCUGACCGGGUUGAUUCACCUCAAAUCGACGACAAGCCAUUAUCCUCCCCUGCAUACCAUAUUCCACUAAGCCCUCCCGAUGGCUUGCCUACCCCCGAUGAACCGUCAUUAGACGGUCAGAAAUCGGCUGAGACUGGCGGAACGUCCACUUUCCCGUCAAAACCUCCAGAUAAGGAAACGUGCAAUCAUAUCUCCCAGGCUCUCAACAUCACCUCUGCACUCCUGGCAACACCAGCUCCUAGGAAGUUUUCUUCUCCGAAAAAGCCAACCUUGCAAGGAUUCCAUUUCAUGCCUUUGUUGUCCCUCCCAGAAACGUCAUCUUCCAGCCCUCCCCCACCCGCUUUACCGACUCCACCACCUUCCAUAUCAAGUUGUGAUGGGGAAUCGGAAUUGGAUGAUGAUGCUCAAACAACAACGGAGGAUGACAGCGUGUCGCAAAUGAGCGACUCAGCGCGAUCCGACCGGGGCGAAGACGAGGAACCGACAUUGACGUGGACCGACGGCGAAAUUCAGGCACCUCAAGAAUCGAACCGUACCACCUUGCCGAAGACGGACGAACAUAGAUCCAGGGAAUUUGAUGUACCUUCCAACACUUUAUCGUCAAUGUCCCAACCCCAGCCGUCGCAUCCUGUCCGUCACUACGACCCACCGGCCGCAUCAUCUUCUGUAUUCCACCCCACUUGUGCGAACCGGUUCUCGUCUCCGCAGCACCGGCUGGGGUCCACACCGUAUCCGCCGCCACGACCUUCCACCAUGAAUCAUCAUCGACCUUAUGUUGCUACCUGCGCACGGGGUCCUCAUCUCUUGCAGCGGCCUAUGACGUCGUGUAAGCCUGGUGGAGGGAUGGGCUUGGGCUCAAGUUCUCGAGGGAAGGUCUAGCAUCUUUGAUCGUGGGGUUGCCUUGUGCCCCAGAUUCGGAAAAAGG